AUGGCGGCUUCAAGGACCCACUUAUCCACAGGAGAACACUAUACAGGCGUAACACCACUGAAAAGAGAGGCUGGAAGCGUUGUUGUUGGCCCCAUCCUGAACGCCGCGAAGCUCAAGGCACUCUUGCUGGCGGACGGGAGCACUUCACGAAAAUGCAAGGCCUUGGACCUUUCCCACAACAACAUCCGUAAACUCGACCUCAGUGCCAACCAAAUCACAAAUAUUAUGGGCCUGGCCAAUACGCCUUUGCGAUUCACACUGCAAGCACUUAACUUGGCUAACAACCAAAUCAGGGAUUUUAAGGGCCUAGCGCCGCUGACUACUUUUGAGUCUCUCGAGGCUUUGGAUUUGCGGGGAAAUCCGCUUUCCGACUUUGGAGUUGUUGCUGAAGGAUUUGCAUUACUGUGUUGUGUCACUCUCCGGAAGCUCAACGGCCGAACCAUUUCAGCCGAGGUUCGCGACGCGGUGGACACUUGGGCCCUUGAAGACUCAUGCGGUAGAGCAACUACGGCAACUGUUCAGGCCUUUCAAGAGGCUAUGAUGCAUCCUGAAGGUCCUGCACUCUUUGCCUUUGGAAAUCGGUCGCGAAGUUUUGGACGCGUAAGUAACCCCAAUAAGUGUGAAGACGGAACAGGCGACAGGAAACACAACAGUGCAUCCACUACCCUUGUCUCAGCUAGCGGCAGCGUCGUUGGUUUAGGCUUAGAAACACGCGUGUCAUCGAGCAGCAAGAGCCAUGAUGCACCCGUUCAGGGAGCGUGUGUAUCAUCCCGUUUGCCUUAUGCGGGGAGCGAAAGCUCACGUGUUGCUGUCACACAAAACCCGUCGAGAGAUAAUCAAGCCGCAGAGGAGCUACCGCUUCGGGUGCAAAAUAGUGAAGCCUCCACGUCUUCAUUCCCGCAAACGCCAGUAACAGCAGCAAGCGAGGCGUGCAGACGCACAGAAGAUGCUGAAGAGGAGUGCGAACGCUGUUAUUCAAGAGCUCCCAAGGAACAGGGGUAUGGACAGUCAGGCAUAGAGGCGCGGGCGGAGGAAGACGGGUUUGACGAGGUUACAAGUAGCCCCUUAGCUGAGUAUCAAGUGCAGAAUUCUGUCCUGUCGCACAGUGCGCGGAAACUGAGACACUCUAGGGGUCACGAAGCAGAGGGCGCCCGCGCUUCCUGUAAGCUUUGUCACUGUACUGUUCUCCCCUAUCGACAGUACUACCACCGUACGCGGCAGCAGGGGGGCUAUAAAACACGAGCCACCAACACAUGGGGCCCAGCACACCGCUAUGGAGGGCCCCAGGGAUGCAUCCGCUGUUGCACCGGCACGCAAACCCCCGCGGGGUGGAUGCAUCCGUUGGAACUACAGAGUAGCACUUCCUCUAUGAGCGGUGCCUCACAGGCUAGCUCAGAUUCGGGGCAUACUGCAGACUUAGAAACCGAACACUCGAGGACAGCUUCUGUGCCCCUAGGUGAGAGAGAGGCCCAGUCAGCACUCCCAGAGGACGAAGGCAGAGCGCGAACCACUUGCUCUGAACAAGGGGAAGGCGCAGCUCACCACUGGACCGGAACAGAAGGGAUGCCGGAGGAGACUUCUCCAAUAGAGCCUACAGAGGAAGGGACCAUAGGAAGGGCGAGCGCAGGACAGGAGGAUAGUUCGGGGAAUGGAGACGACGGUCCCAAGAGAAGUGAGGAUGCAGAACAAACAGAAGGGGCCUAG